UCGGCUAGAAUUAGAAAUCGAACUGCAUUCGCCUCGUUUAUAAUUCCGAUAAAAUGCAAGAAAAAUCAAUUUGCCGUCGGAGUUGGACGUAAUGUUGAAAUAAUCCAUUGGAAUGGUCGUUCACCAGAAGCUGAUGUCAUUCGAACGGUAAUUACUACCGCACAAAUAGCUUAAACAAUGGCAAAGCAGAUCCACGAGGUCGACUUUAUGCUGGAACUGAACGAGCACUAUUUUGCAAAGACGAUUCAAGCGUGGCCAAUGGCACAUUUUUCAUGUACACCAGACAAGACGGUUUGGUGCGCUAUCGUGACGACGUUUAUAGCUCAAACGGUUUGACGUGGGAUACACACAAUAACAAGUUUUAUUACAUUGAUUCAUGCAAAUUCGAUAUCAAAGAGUAUGAUUGGGAUCCAUCAACUGGACGAAUUUAUAAUGAGAAAAUUGCAUACGAUUUUCGAAUAAACGGUGAAUUCACUGGCUACACUGCGGACGGUAUGACGAUUAACCGUAAUGGAUUGUUGUGGGUGGGUCUGUUCAAAGGAAAUAGCAUUGUUGCAAUCGAUCCAGUUUGUCACAAGGUUGUUAAAAAUAUCACCAUCCCAGCGCAUCAGGUGACAGCUGCUGUCUUUGGUGGGCCAAAUUUGGAUGAAAUUUUUGUGACGACAGCCGGCAGACCUUUUGAUAUCCAGAUUGGUGAAAGAGAUAGUGUUCCAGAGCCGCCAUUGUCGGGUUAUUUAUUCCAAAUUACUGGACUCAAAAGUCGAGGAUAUGCACCAUAUGAACUUCGAUGCAUAUAAUACAAUGGAAAAACUACUGAAAAA